AUGUUUGCGGCAUCGGCGAGACGACUAGCGCCGUCGGGCAGAGAGUCCCUCCCCAAGCAGGUGCCCUUCACCGUACUCAACAACCCGUACCAAGCGCGAAAAGUAUGGCCUCCCAAUUUCAAGGAGCUCAAUCACGCACAACAACUGCGCUUCGAAAAAAAGUACAAGCGCAGAAUAUUUCUGGCUAGCAGGUCGCCGCGGUGGGAGAAGGGCAUCAAGUUUGCGCAGCUGGCCACAAUUGCAGAGUUCGAAUGGUGGGGGAAGCAAUACAAGCCCUCCGAAGAGAUGCGCCGUCACGCGCGCAAUCUUUUUGGAGUUGUCGACCCGGAGAAGCGCCACGAACGACGACCGGAUGCCCCGGAGCCACAGCUGCCGGCGCAACAGCCCGAAUCUAAGUCCAGAUAA